AAUUUUCUGUCAAAUGCGGCAUCUCUUCAUCAGUUGUUUUUUGAAAGUCAGGUUUUACAGAAGUGCUAAUUCUCGGUGAAAUACGGGUUGUUCUCCAAUAAAUCCCGAGUUAUAGUAUUCCAGCUAGAAGAAUACCAAGAAAUUCGUCCGCUUCCUACAGAGCAGUACUGUUCCUAUAGAACCAACUCUUCAAUAUCGAGUGAUAUACGGAAAGGACUUAUCCGGAAUAUUUAAAUCGCCAUGGCAUCGAAAGACGAAGAUAAUCUUCCAGAGAACAAGAAACUCGCGCUCCGUGAAAAACAGAAAGGAAACGACGCGUACAAAAAGAAAGAAUUCAGCACCGCCCUAGAACAUUACAAUUCCGCUCUGCAACAUGAUCCGACGGAUAUCACAUUCCACAACAAUAUUGCCGCGGUCUAUUUCGAGCAGAAGGACUAUCCUAAGUGCAUUGCCGAGUGUGAAAAGGCCGUUGAAGUGGGCCGUGAAAACCGCGCCGAUUACAAACUAAUCGCUAAGGCCUUCACUAGAAUCGGUAACGCUUACCGAAAAGUGGAAGACUAUAAAUCCGCCAAGACCUAUUAUGAAAAAAGUUUAUCGGAACAUCGGACUCCGGAAGUCAAGGCCCUACUGAGCGAGACGGAAAAGCAAAUAAAGGAGCAAGAAAGACUGGCCUAUAUUGAUCCGGCUAAAGCCGAGGAGGAAAAGGAAAUGGGCAACGAUUUAUUCAAAAAGGGUGAUUACAGCGGAGCUGUGAAGCAUUACACAGAAGCCAUCCUACGGAAUCCAGAUGACGCCAAGCUAUACAGUAACCGGGCAGCUUGCUACACCAAACUGGCCGCGUUCGAUCUAGGCCUUAAAGACUGCGAAACCUGCUGCAAACUGGAUGAAACCUUUAUCAAGGGCUGGAUCCGUAAAGGUAAAAUCCUGCAAGUUAUGCAGAAAUCGUCGGAGGCACAAACAGCCUAUCAGAAAGCGCUUGAAAUCGACCCGAACAAUGCGGAAGCCCUUGAGGGCUAUCGGGCAUGCACGAUGGCCGUCCAUUCGGAUCCCAAGGAAGUCUGGAAAAAGGCCAUGAAUGAUCCGGAGGUACAGCAGAUUCUGAAAGAUCCGGCCAUGCGGAUCAUUUUGGAACAGAUGCAGAACGACCCGAAGGCAGUGCAAGAACAUCUAAAAAAUCCGCAGGUGGCAUCAAAAAUCCAGAAACUCCUAGAAUCGGGCAUCAUUCAGAUCUACUAAUUUAACACAUUGAAAAUGGUACCAAACGGCGGCGGUGCUCAGCGCAGCAGCAAAAAACAAGCAAGUGUGUUCAACAGGCUGGUCAGCUCAGACGUCUACACUUUCUCCGUAUGCAGCCUUUCUUAUCCUUUUGUCAACGCUUAAGUCUACCAAUCAGUUUAUCGUUUGGUACAGUUGAACUAACAAUAAAACAAAUCAAUCUAUCAAUAAGCACACGAACGGACAAGAGUCACUGUGUGAGAGGAAAUCCACAGGAAACAUUAGAGGAAGAGAAGAAAAAAUUCAGCGAAGUAUGGUUUUUACAAUGUAAAAUUUGACCAACGUCUUGGUCAACCUGAAAGAAUUGAUAAGGAAAGCCACAGUAUGGACAAAACAACAAACUAACAUAACACACAUUUAAGCAGCAUUGCUAGCCUCCCCAUUCUAUCGAAGUGAUGAAACUAAUUUGUCAAAAAUAAUGUAGUUACUAACUAGCCAGUAAUCGCAGGAAUAAUAAUUAAAAAUCAAGCCUAGUAAUAUUAAAGAAGAACGAAACGGUUUUUUGCAGCAAGUUACAAA